CUUGCUGGCGGCCGCACCACGCCUCUCCCCCUGGAAGGCACCAGCCAAGCCUCACCAGCCGGUUCCAGGAGCCGGCGGUGGCGGUUCGACCUCGGAGACACAGGCCUCCAUCCUCAGGCCCGGGACGAUCGCGGGCGGCCCCAGGGGGUCCCGGAGCGCCGGACACCAUGAGCGGUUACCUGCGCUCCGGCUCCAGCAACUGGCGGCGGGCAGCCACCCUGGUGCUGGCGGCGGGCUGGGCGCAGCCAGGCCCCGGGGCGCCGCCGCUGCCGCCGCCGCCGGCCGAGGGCUUCCGGCUGCUGCUGCUGCAGCGCUCCCCGCGGCAAAGCUUCAUGCCCGGGGCGCACGUCUUCCCGGGCGGCGUGGUGGACGCGGCGGACCGCUCAGACGAGUGGCUGCGCCUCUUCGCGCCGCACCACGGGCCGCCGCGCUUCGGCCUGGGCCCCGCGCCGCCCUCGCCCGCCGCCUUCCCGGUGCUGCCGGCCGCCGCGGAGGACCGCGAGGGGCUGCCGGACGACGUGGCCUUCCGCAUCUGCGCCAUCCGCGAGACCUUCGAGGAGGCGGGCGUGCUGCUGCUGCGGCCCCGCGCCGCCCCGCCGCCCGCCGCGCCCGCGCCCGGCCGCGCCCUCCCGCCGCCCGCCGACCUGGCCGCCUGGCGCGCCCGCGUCCGCCGCGACCCGCGCCACUUCCUGCGCCUGUGCGCGCGGCUGGACUGCACCCCCGACAUCUGGGCGCUGCACGCCUGGGGCGCCUGGCUCACGCCCUUCAUCCGGCCCGGCGGCCGCCGCUUCGACACGGCCUUCUUCCUGUGCUGCCUGCGCGACCCGCCGCCCGUCUUCCCGGACCUGGAUGAGGUGGUGGGCAGCCAGUGGUCAUCUCCGUCAGAGGCAACUGAAAGUUUCAUAUCAAAAGAAAUUUGGUUGGCACCCCCGCAGUUCUAUGAAAUAAGAAGACUGGAAAACUUUGCCUCUCUCUUGGAACUGCACAAGUUUUGUUUGGAUCAUGAAUUAGAAGGGGUAGAAAGAUGGAUGCCGAUCAUGUUAUUAACUGCUGAUGGGCAAAUCUCACUUUUACCAGGAGAUGAGCUGUACUUAGAAGAUUCAAACUUCUUAGAAAAUAAUUUGUCCACUGAAAAAAAGACUGAAGAAAUCAUGAAGGAAGGCAAGAAAUUUCACCGCAUAGUGAUGUACAGUCGCCAUGUUUAUAGUAUUCAUGUGACUGUUCAGUCAAAGUAUAAACAUGUUUAUCCCAAGACUUAUGUAAUAAGUAAGAGCCAUUUGUAGUGCAUUGUUUACUUGUAAGCUGGCCUACUUGAAGUUGUCCUAAUAAGUAAUGAAGGAUAAAUAGACUUGCUUGGAACUUAAAGGAACUUUGUGCCUAUACUGAAAAAGUUAUAGUACAAUGUUUUAUAUUUUAAGUGUAUUAUGGAGCUCUCUUGUAUAUUUUAUCUAAACUUUACAGUGUCACGCAAGUAUAAAGUAUUAAUGAUAUUUUUACUAAAAUGAGAAGAAAAAUUUCACAAGGGUUUUCACUUCGGUAUUGUUUUAUUAUUAAAAGUUUAAAUAAACUGUUCUACUGCCAUUGUUUUUUAAA